GGAAGUUAGACAGAUGGGGUUUUGGGCUUUGGUUGUUGGACUGGGUUUGGACCGGGUUUAGGAUGACGGCGAGACGAAAGUAAUGGUGUGUUUUUGUUAGCGCUAAACAUGUCAUCCAGGUGUGUGUAACUUGCAGCCGGUUGAGAUCGAGACAGAACCUGGGCGUUUUCAUGUUGUGCGAUUCGUUCCUGGCGUUGUUGUUAUUGCGCGAUCUCCAGCUGGCGCUGUUGCCAGAGACGGCUUGCACUCGUUUUUCCCAGGGUCAUCGGCCGCUGCGCCCUUCUCCUCCACACCGAGACUACGCAAAAUGACAGGAGAGAAGAUCCGCUCCCUCCGCAAGGACCACAAGCCGGGGAAGGACGAGGAUUUGCUCGGUCCGGACGAAGAAGCCGCGACCGGCACCUUCACGUCGUCCAGCAGGACUAACAGCAAAGGCAAGAGCAACAAGAUCUUCAGCAACCACAAGAUCAUCAAAUCCUCGUCGCAGCACAGCCACAGCCACAACAAUCAGCAACAGACUCACAUCAACGCCAACACUAACGGUAUCUCCACCCCGGAAACCAUCGACGAUAAAAACAAAAACCCGAUUAUUCGAAGCGCCGACGAUUUCCCGGUGCACGAGUGCGUCUUCAAAGGAGACGUGCGGCGAUUAUCGUCGCUUAUCCGCACACAGAACAUUGCACAGAAAGAUGUUCACGGAAACACUCCUCUUCAUCUGGCUGUAAUGAUGGGUCAUAAAGAAUGUGCUCAUCUGCUGCUGGCCCACAAUGCACCAGUGAAGGUAAAAAACGCUCAGGGAUGGAGUCCUCUCGCCGAAGCCAUCAGCUACGGAGACCGCCAGAUGAUCACAGCACUGUUGCGGAAGCUGAAGCAGCAGUCCAGAGAAAGCGUAGAGGACAAGAGGCCUCGGCUCCUCAAAGCCCUUAAGGAGCUUGGGGACUUUUAUUUGGAGCUUCACUGGGACUUUCAAAGCUGGGUGCCUUUACUCUCUAGAAUUUUACCCUCUGACGCUUGCAAGAUCUACAAGCAGGGAAUCAACAUCAGGUUGGACACUACUCUCAUCGACUUCACAGACAUGAAAUGCCAGCGAGGAGACCUGAGCUUCAUCUUCAACGGAGACGCCGUUCCCUCUGAGUCUUUCGUGGUGCUGGACAACGAGCAGAAAGUGUACCAGCGGAUACACCACGAGGAAUCGGAGAUGGAGACCGAGGAAGAGGUGGACAUUUUGAUGAGCAGCGACAUUUACUCAGCUACGUUGUCCACCAAAUCCAUCACCUUCUCCCGAGCGCAGAGCGGCUGGCUCUUCCGCGAGGACAAAACCGAACGGGUCGGGAACUUCCUGGCGGAUUUCUACCUGGUCAACGGCCUGGUUCUGGAGUCGAGGAAGCGGAGAGAGCACUUGAGCGAGGAGGAUAUUCUGAGGAACAAGGCUAUCAUGGAGAGCCUCAGCAAAGGAGGCAACCUCAUCGAGCAGAACUUUGAGCCGGUGAGACGCCAGUCCCUGACGGCUCCCACCCCGAACACUAUUUCCUGGGAGGAGUACAUCACAGCUGAGACCGGAAAAGCGCCUCACCUGGGGAGAGAACUCGUCUGCAAAGAGAGCAAGAAGAACUUUAAAGCCACCGUCGCCAUGAGUCAGGACUUUCCUCUCGGCAUCGAGUCGUUAUUAAACGUAUUAGAAGUGAUUGCACCUUUCAAGCACUUUAAUAAACUCAGAGAAUUUGUUCAGAUGAAGCUCCCACCAGGCUUCCCAGUGAAAUUAGACAUCCCGGUGUUUCCCACCAUCACGGCCACCGUCACGUUCCAGGAGUUCCGCUACGACGAAUUCGAGGAGUCCAUUUUCACCAUCCCGAACGACUACAAAGAGGAUCCCAGCCGUUUCCCGGAUCUCUGAUUUCCUUUUUUUUUCUUUUUGUCCUCUCUCUCUCUCUCUCUCUUUAUUUCUCUUUCUGCUUCUCCUCUUCCCUCUCCUCUCCACUGCAUCUCCAUCUCUCUCUCCUUCCUCGGCUCGGACUCUCUCCCCUCUCAACAGGAAGCGACCAUGAUCACGUCACGUCGUUGAGCUCCGAUACGAGGGGCAGAAAGAUGCACACAACCCUCGUGCCGCAUCGGUGGUAAAGGGAUCACGCUGUACUGACAUUGUAGCGACAGACUACGGGAUAUACGAGCCGAAGCGAAUACUUUCUCGAAGCUAAGAAAUGAACCGGGAAGAGGGAUAGAGCACGGCUCGGAGUGCCGACGCUCCAGCUUAGCUCUCUCUCUCUCUUCAACACAUCCGUCGAGACUGCUCCUCCUCCUCCUCAACGCUUCCAUGUUACUCUGGCAGGAAAUGUGGCAUUACAACUUCUGUAUUUAAAUCCGUCACCUUUUCAUUAACCUUUGUUACACGACUGUACGCUCCACCUCCGAAAACAAGAGUGAGGAAAUGACCCGAGUAGGAUUUUUUUGCGUCGUACGAAAUGGUAAUCUAAUCGCUAUGUGCUUUGUACGGUUAAGACGAUUCUCUGUAAAUACCUCUGUUAGGAUUUCGGCCCCAGAGCCAGGAUGUGACGAGCUCUGCACCGACAUGCUUCUGUUACUGAUUCCUCCUCGCUUUUGCGAUUUCGCUCUCCUUUCUUUUUCAUCCACGACCGCACGGGACCACACGAGUUCCACCAAACAGCACAGGUUUUUUCCCGAUCGGAUCAUUUCCUGCGGAUUCGAAUCGAGAAUCAGGCGCCGGUUUGUAAAUGCAGUGUACAGUUUUAAGAUAAACCCGUUCGACAGCGGCACGACUCUCAGCGGACGUCACCACCUUUCUUUCUUUCGUUUUUAUGAUAGAUGGAUGUAGAUAUAUACACCGUUUUAGAUAAGACAUCUAUACUGACAAACCUGUUAUGAUUGUAUUAUGUAAAAAAAAAAAACAAAAAAAACGUUUGGAGGAACAGCCCAUGAGAUAUAAAUGGGAAAUUCCUUAACUGGAUGUUUUAUUUGUUGUGUAGCUGAAGUGGAGAGAGAGGGGGGGGAAGGAAAAAUGGUCAAAUUCACACCAGCAAGCAACUGAAUUUAUUUAUGUAACCCUUUUGUUUUUUAUUUUAAAUCUACACUGGAUUUCUGUUCUGGAUUUGGGCCUUUCAAGGGUCAGAUGUUGUAAAUGCUUCCAAACCACACUACUGGUUAGUGUGGUGAACAGGCGCUUGCUUGACGACUUCUUCUUCUUCUUUCAUUUGUAUUUUAAACUUCACAGCUUCAGGACGUCUCGUUUCGUUUUAUUCCAGUUUGCGCCUUGAACACCAGACCGUUUCCACCCGAACACACGGAUAAACCAGUUGUACAGCAUUGUAUGCCACAGUUUUUCCCCUCACGACGAACUGUAUUUAAUAAAAUGUCCGCAUACCAAAUCGCACUUUUCGCGUAAUUUUUAUUUUCAGAAUGUUAUUAUUUAUAAAUUGCCUUGUUUGUGUCUUUGAGCUUAUAAAACAAACCUUGCAGUGGAAAAAUAAUAAAUAAAUAAAUUUUUAUGCUCCUCAUAUAGUCCUAAUGUACAUUUAGGGUCCGUGUAUUUCUGAAUAAAACUGAAAUGUGGGCGGGGUUUUGUAUGAGCUCGGUUUAUGAUGUCACAAACACGCCUGGAUAUGCAAAUGAGCAAAGGAUUCACUUCUGAAUGCCGCCGGCUAGCUAAUUAAGAUGUGAGUGAUGAGUACAAUUACGAGAUUUACUCGUAAUUACCAGUUAGGAAGUGGGAAGUAGGAUCAUUUUGGUAGCACAUGAAGGCAGCAUUAAUCCCAUGAGCCUUAUAUAUAUCUGACUGGCCACAUGAGAGGAACUGGCUUUUCGUGGUAUCUCAUGUGGAAGAUUUAAAAUGAACCACAGUCCUGAAUCAUACAAUUUAUAGUAUAAUCAAGAGCUAAAGAAGAAAAAACUGAAUUCUCCAGAAUCACUAACACCCUAAAUUUAUUUUAUUACUCUGAAUAUGAAGUCCCUAGUUAGUUCCUGGAGUCUAGAAGAGUUUGGUGACUUCGUGUCUCGGACUCGGACGAAACUCUCGUUACAGAAACCAUUCUCACCACAAAUAAACUCCAGUAAUAAAUCACAAGACUUCAAUUUUUAUUUUCAACUUUCACAACACUGCAAAUAAUAACCGUAAUUUAAACCAUUCGCUAAAGAAAUCUACAAUCUCAGGAUUUUUGGAAAACAAAACAAACACAUGGUUGUGCAAAAACAACAAAACAAAAUGCAUCAAACUAAUCUGACCAGGAGGCUGACCUGUACGAGAUAACCAUUUGAACCAUCUCUACAAUUUCAGUUUACACUUCUGACUGCAUGCUGACGAAUAAUUAUAUCUCUCUCUCUCGCUCCCCCCCCCCCUUCAUCUCUCCCUCUCACUGUCUCUCCCUCCCUUCUUCCCUCUCCCUAUCAUUCCCUGCCUACCUCUCCCUUCAUCCCCCCCCCCCCAUCUCUCUCUUCCUCUCCCACACUUCUUAAUCCUGAAAUGGUAGAAAUGUUUUCCUUGCUCCUAUUGGUUCUGGAAUCGUUUAAAAAAUAAAAACAAAAACAAAUCAAUAUCAAGCCUAUUGACCAGUAAUAUUCACAGUAAAAAUUAGCAGUUAUAAUUUUAAAUUAAAAUCAAAAAUUGAAAAAUAAAAAAGCCAAGUGCAGUGAUAUUUGUUUUGUUUUUUUCCAUAGCAUCCCUGCAAACACAUUCAUUCCCCCAGCUUCCGACAGUAAGAAGAAUCCCACGCAGCACGUCAGAUUUUUCUACAAUGAUUCACGUUUGAAACCUAAAGCGGAUCAGUUUUGUUUAAUGCGAAGCACACAAAUCUCCAAUGAGAGAUUUUUUUUUUUUUUUUACACUGAAUAAAACAUGGGAGGGAAAAAAAAAAAAAAA